GCUGCUGUGAGAGGGCGCUCGAGGCUGCUGGAGAGCGAACGAGCGAAGGAGGCGGGGAGGCGGCGGCUGCACUCGCUCGACUGCUCGUCGGCUUCCCGGCGCCACUGCGGGUCUGCCGCUGCGCUUCCUGCUCGCCGGUUGCUCGGUUGCACCCCGCCGAAGCAGCCGCCCUUCGUCCGGGUCCCGACUAGGUUCGGGAGUCCUGCGCUCCCGCGGACACCGCGCGGAGGGCGAGCCCCGCGCCACACCUGUGGAGCCGGCGGCCGUCGGGGAUUCCAGCCGGGGUCCCUCCGCGUGCUUGCUCCGGACUGCGGGCCUCCGGGGCUGCGGGGGAGGCGCGCCCCCCAGCUGGGCGCCGCGGGCACCAUGGGUCUCCCCGCGCUCGAAUUCAGCGACUGCUGCCUCGACAGCCCGCACUUCCGAGAGACGCUCAAGUCGCACGAAGCGGAGCUAGACAAGACUAACAAAUUCAUCAAGGAACUCAUCAAGGACGGGAAGUCACUCAUCAGCGCGCUCAAGAAUUUGUCUUCAGCGAAGCGGAAAUUUGCAGAUUCCCUCAAUGAAUUUAAAUUUCAGUGCAUAGGAGACGCAGAAACAGAUGAUGAAAUGUGUAUAGCAAGGUCUUUGCAGGAAUUUGCUACUGUCCUCAGGAAUCUUGAAGAUGAGCGGAUACGGAUGAUUGAGAAUGCCAGCGAAGUGCUCAUCACUCCCUUGGAGAAGUUUCGAAAGGAGCAGAUUGGCGCUGCCAAGGAAGCCAAAAAGAAGUAUGACAAGGAGACAGAGAAGUAUUGUGGCAUCCUAGAAAAGCACUUGAAUUUGUCUUCCAAAAAGAAAGAAUCUCAGCUUCAGGAGGCAGACAGCCAGGUGGACCUGGUCCGGCAGCAUUUCUAUGAAGUAUCCCUGGAGUAUGUCUUCAAGGUGCAGGAAGUCCAGGAGAGAAAGAUGUUUGAGUUCGUGGAGCCUCUACUAGCAUUCCUACAAGGGCUCUUCACUUUCUACCACCACGGUUAUGAGCUGGCCAAGGACUUCAACGACUUCAAGAUGCAGUUGACUAUUAGCAUACAGAACACAAGAAACCGCUUUGAAGGCACCAGGUCGGAAGUGGAAGCACUGAUGAAGAAGAUGAAGGAGAACCCCCUCGAGCACAAGACCAUCAGCCCCUACACCAUGGAAGGGUACCUCUACGUCCAGGAGAAGCGUCACUUUGGAACUUCGUGGGUGAAGCACUACUGUACAUAUCAACGGGAUUCCAAACAAAUCACCAUGGUACCAUUUGACCAAAAGUCAGGAGGAAAGGGGGGAGAAGAUGAGUCAGUCACCCUCAAAUCCUGCACACGGCGGAAAACAGACUCUAUCGAGAAGAGGUUUUGCUUUGAUGUGGAAGCAGUAGACAGGCCAGGGGUUAUCACCAUGCAGGCGUUGUCCGAAGAGGACCGGAGGCUCUGGAUGGAAGCCAUGGAUGGCAGGGAACCCGUCUACAACUCGAACAAAGACAGUCAGAGCGAAGGGACUGCACAGUUGGACAGCAUUGGCUUCAGCAUAAUCAGGAAAUGCAUCCAUGCUGUGGAAACCAGAGGGAUCAAUGAGCAAGGGCUGUACCGCAUCGUGGGGGUCAAUUCCAGGGUGCAGAAGCUGCUGAGCGUCCUGAUGGACCCCAAAACAGCUUCUGAAACAGAAACGGAUAUCUGUGCUGAAUGGGAGAUAAAGACCAUCACUAGUGCUUUGAAGACCUACCUAAGAAUGCUUCCAGGACCACUUAUGAUGUACCAGUUUCAAAGAAGUUUCAUCAAAGCAGCAAAGCUGGAGAAUCAAGAAUCUCGGGUCUCUGAAAUCCACAGCCUUGUUCAUCGGCUCCCAGAGAAAAACAGGCAGAUGUUACAGCUGCUCAUGAACCACUUGGCAAAUGUUGCUAACAACCACAAGCAGAAUUUGAUGACGGUGGCAAACCUUGGCGUGGUGUUUGGACCCACCCUGCUGCGUCCUCAGGAAGAAACCGUAGCAGCCAUCAUGGAUAUCAAGUUUCAGAACAUCGUCAUUGAGAUCCUAAUAGAAAACCAUGAGAAGAUAUUUAACACCGUGCCAGACGCCCCCCUCACCAAUGCCCAGCUGCACCUGUCUCGGAAGAAGAGCAGUGACUCCAAACCCCCGUCCUGCAGCGAGAGGCCCCUGACGCUCUUCCACACCGUGCAGUCAACAGAGAAACAGGAACAAAGAAACAGCCUCAUCAACUCCAGUUCGGAAUCUGUCGUCUCAUCGAAUGCAAACAGCAUCCUUAAUUCCAGCAACAGCUUGCAGCCCAACAUGAACUCCAGUGACCCAGACCUGGAUAUGCUCAAACCCACCCGGCCCAACUCACUCCCCCCGAAUCCAAGCCCAACUUCACCCCUCUCGCCAUCUUGGCCCCUGUUCUCGGCGCCAUCCAGCCCUAUGCCCACCUCAUCCACGUCCAGCGACUCCUCCCCCAUCAGCAUGCCGUUCCGGAAGGCAAAAGCCUUGUAUGCCUGCAAAGCAGAACAUGACUCCGAGCUGUCGUUCACAGCAGGGACGGUCUUCGACAAUGUUCAUCCAUCUCAGGAGCCUGGCUGGUUGGAGGGGACUCUGAAUGGAAAGACGGGCCUCAUCCCUGAGAACUACGUGGAGUUCCUCUAACCAUGGGCCCCAGCAGAACUGCUGAGCUUUCCAUGGUGUCCGUGACGACCGCCGAUGCCAGUGUUGUGGGCCGUUCCUCUUCGCCGCUGAGAAAUGCGGGGUGACUGACUCUGCUGCUGCCUGUCGACACAAAUGUUUCUGUGAACUCUGGUGUCACCCAUCCCCAUGAUCAUCUCAGCUGACAUGCGGUGAUACGGCACAAAACAGUAGAUCAGCAGAGGAGGCCACUUGACUUUGAUCACCAAGGGAAAGGCUUACAAAGCCAUCGCUCUCGUUUAGCACCCUAAAUGGGGGGUGUCCAUGUUGUUUUGACAGUCAUCCAAACCCCAACCUUCUGAACAAGGAAGUAAGUGAGGCAGAAGUAGUCCCCAGGAGCAGGCAGUGUGGCCGGCUCUGGCAGGGCCGGGCAGUGCCUGAGAUCCAGGCUGGAUCCACGGCCUCUGUUUACAGUAGAUGCUCUGUCUAUCCCACCUCUAAUUACUUGAGACCCACAGUGCUCCAGGCAGCUGGGCCUGUUUGUUUGCAGGCAGGAUGGAGAGGGGUUACGGCACUGUUUACAUAAGAUCCAAUCUCUCACCAUCUCUCAAGCAGCCGUUGGCCCAGCGUCAGCAGAAUUCUGUCCAGUCCUCUCAUGCAAGGGAGCACACGCACCCCACGGCCCCCCUCCCCCAAGCUAGGAACUUCUCUGCCACCGAGGGCUGCCAUCGCCUCGUAACCACGGCAACCCCGCCUACUCUGAAACCAAACCGAAGAAUCACACACACUCUUCUGCGCGACGUGUGUUUUUUCCCUUCCCCACUUUCGGUCGUUUUUUGAAUGGUUUUCCAACAACCUGAAGCAGGACAAUCAAGGCAGGAGAGUGGUCUCCUUGGGGGCAGAGCGAAUAGCAGCUGGGAGCUGUUCCCUUUCUGAUGAGUUUCAGCAGCACCAGGAUAUAUUUGGAGCAAACUCUAGUAACCUCUUGAGAUUAAAUUUCAUACAGGCUUCAUAUUUCUGUUCUUCCGUGCAACUCCUGUUUGCUUUCCAGAGGGCAAUGUGCUGCCUCCCAAUGGGUGACCCCCUCCCUCUGAUUCAUUCCCUUGUGGCCUCCCGUUCACCCAUCCCUCCCCCGGUCCUUGUCCACCUCUAGGCCAUCACUGACCGGCCCCCCAGGCGGUGCCCCAGGCUGCUGAGCACUGGUGCCCUGGCGGUUUUCAGGCCUGAUUCCUGAGCUAGCCCCUUGACCUCUAGUUUAAAAGGGCAUCUAUGUUUACUGCUACUCAGAAAAAGGGAAUUGUUCCUCAGGCUUUUGAGGCAUGAGAUGAAUAUCGUAAGCCAUUGUGAUUUAGAGGACACCAAAAGGUCGGGGCAUGGAGGGUGGGACAGGUACCUUCUGAGAAAGAGAAUUUCCUACUUGGACCAGAGGGGCUGGGUCUCGUGGAAGGCCGCCUUGGGUGGGGAAGUUUGGCCUGGAAGUUUCAAAUUCACUUGGCCUCCAAAGAAGACAGUGCCAGUAUCUUCCACAUUUGAAUGUCCUUGCAGGAGUGAUUCUGGACCAACUCUAGAGUAAGGGACUGUCGAGCUCCUUCGGAGCCCCUCGGGAGGGCAGCCUUUCUCCAGAGUGUUUCCUGCCUCUGGAAUUCCUUUUUAGGGAACUUUAAAGAAGAAAAGAAAAACUUGAAUUGUGUUGAAUUACUGUAUCUUUUACAUUUUUUUUUUGAAAAGAUAAAUUGUAAAUAGAGUGAUUUGAAAUACUUUAUGGCAAAGUUUUAUAUUUGAUAUUCUUGAAGCUAGUCGCUCCACGAGUUUAAGCUCUGAUUUCUGAACAAGUGUGUGUAAGAGGGAGAGAGAGGACGCCAGGUUGCAGGGAGUCAAGGUCACGCCCUCUGUGGUCUUGAGGAAGGAGGAGACAGUCCUUGCACACUCUCCGCUGGGUCUCGUUGGUGGACAUGACAUGUCAGUGGUGUUCAGUCUUCUUUAUCCAGAUGUGUUUCUGAGCAUCUCUUGGUCUUUGGAUUUGGAGAUGGAAAGAGCAUCUCCCGGCAAUGAACUUUUCAAAGGACUCCUACCUGGUAGUAAGAUGAAGCUCAGGAUUUAAAUAGGUGAGGCCAGGGGUUAAGGUGGGGGUUUUUUGUUUUUUGUUUCGUUUUGGUAUUUUUUUUUUUUUUUCAUUUUUCUUCUCAGGUGUAUUUCUUGGUACCCCAGGAUACCAGGACAGAAGGAGAUGGGAUAAUUGCGUGCUCCUUAAGGCUGACUCUUCUGCACAUCUUCUAAGGCUUUAUAAAAGAGGCUAAGCUAGUUUGCAAAUGUUGUGUGUGUCUAAGUUCUAAGAACAACUGGUUUCUUAGGAUCUUUAGGUCUCAAGAUGCUGCUGCUUCCCCUUUCCCUAAACAUGUUUUUGCCCCCUCCUAUUCAUCUCAGAUUUCCUAUAACCCCAUUAUAAAAGGGGAAAAAACUCCAAAGAGGGGUGGAGAUUGUGCUGUUAUAGAUGGUUUGAAAGUUAAUAGGAGUUUGGCAUUGUGAUUCAGUUCGUCAGCUCAGGAUUACACUAUUAUCCAGGAGCUCACCAAGCAGCAAGUGAGAUGCUACCGCUGAGUCAGGGAACAAGGAUUAAGACUGGACCAGGACCAGGGUAGGACUCAGGAAAGCUACCACUGAAAACCCAAGAAGGAAAGGCUACACCUGCUCUUUGUGGACUUGGAACAGCUUGAGGACCUGUUCACAGGAGCCAGAAGGGACAAGCAGCCCCUAUACCACUGUGCUUUCCAAAUAGAGUAUGCUUUUAGCACAUUCGACAUUUUAAAUUGUCACCUGCCCCAGUGGACUCUUAACUAGAGCUCGCGGAGGGGGACCAGAAGGCCCAGGCCCUGGCUUUGGGAGCUCCUUGCUGAAGCGCGCCUGCUGACACUCGGCUCCAGCUCGGCCACUUGGAAAGUCCCUCCCUCCUCGGUUGGCCGUGAUCUGAAGCCGAGAGAGAUGGGGCCGCUGCCGAUGGGAAUUUUUAGGUAGACCCCCCUUCCUGGCUUCUCUGGGCCGUGCCAGGCCCGUGACAGAUGGCUGCCCCGUUUCCCUUUCCCCAGCCAGGCUCCCCUUCUCCCUGAUGGCCACAGACCUGGAGACGCUGUUCAGAAUAUGAGCCAACAAAUAAGAAGGAACUUGAAGACGGAAAAUGGGUGUUCCCCUCCCCCACGUCUGUGCUUCCCACCUCUAGCUCUGUCUGCUGCGAUAGGGGGGUCUUAGGGCAGGUGAGGGGAGUGGACUGGGUAUCAGAGUGGAAGACAGUUGACCCAAGUCCCUGAGCUUUGCCAGGAGCCUCGUGUUUCUUCCGGAAGGCCCUGGGAUCAGGUAGGCGCGCACAGCCUGCAUUGUUUUGGGGUCUCAAGGUUACUCCUCCUCAAGGCACUCACAGAAUCCCUUGGCUGCAGAAUGCAAUGCCUUGAGAAGAUAAUCGUUUCAAGCCCUUUCCCCACCAAGGAAAUUCCUGACUUGCUCAAGGCUGAUGAUACUCCCUUCUGCCUUCAAAUCUAAAUAUCGAGGGAUGGACCCUGCACUGCCUGCCUUGGAAUCCUAGGACUGGGGCCAGUUUUUUGCUUCGUAAUUCUACAGCCAAUAUGUGUUUUCCUCUAACAGACCAAACUGUUGCGGUUUUUUUUCCUAACAUAAUUCCAGUUCCUCUCCUCUUGCGGAGUAGUGCUUUUUGGACAGAAAGGCAAGGAGAUAACAGAGAAAGCGAGCAUUCAAGUAUUGGCCAACUGGCAUUAGCACAGAGCCAUGCUGGUGACAGGGUCAUUUCAGCAUCUUCCAGGACUGUGUGCUUAUGUGUACCACACCUGUAGCUCGAAGGGAAGUCUUUCUGCCAUCAGAGUUUGUGUCUCUUGAAAAUAGGCCAUCCCUGUCACACCGAAAGCUCUGUCUUGACCAAAAACAUCCAUGAUUGAGGAGGAGGCAGACCGAAAUAAUCGAGUAAAGAUAACGUGACCAGAUAUUCAUGACCAUCCAUUGGCACCUUUCGUCUUCUGGCUUCUGUUUCCAAAAGCAAGUCAGGACCGCUCAGUUUUCUAGAUUCCCAGGUACAACAGUGGGUCUCAUGGCACUCACAGUUCACUUUAAUUCUGAAUGUUUUAGGAGCAACCAUGAUACCCAAGUAGGUAGGUAGCCAGCCUUGAAGAAACCAAAAAACCUCUUAGCUACCUGACUUUAAAAGGAACUUCCUGGGUGUUCUACUAGUGAGUUAUCUACCAUAUCUAGCACAGCAGACAGUACUCAGUUACCUAGACAACCCUGCCCCACACCUCUUUUAAGUCAACUGGGUGUCUUCUCACACACCCCGUGCUGGUGUUCCAAAAAUGUAUCUCAUCCUGCUCAAAUGUGUUUGGCAACCACACUGGUGCGCUGAGUGCUAAACCAGUUCUCUGUCAGUGUUGCAUCCAGAUGACAACAGCAGCAGAGGAAUGGACCUUGCACAAACCUCCUGCAUGCCCGAGACCAGACUCCAGCAAGUAAUCAUUAGCUUUUUUCCUUUCACUACCUACAGUAUUGCUGUCACUAAACAGCUCCCCAAAGCAGGAGAGGCCGUACAGAGAAUCCAGGCAUCUUUCAGAGGCAGCCCUUGCUGAGAUGUGAUCUUCUAAUGGAAGCACAUGUAUUGUUAGGAGAAAAAGGGUUGGAUGUAAAGUAAUGCUAGGAGCAAAAAGAGAAAGGCAAACCACACUGAAGAACUUCAGAUUUUUUAUAAGAGGGAUAAAUAUAGGGGGAAAAAAAUCUGUCACAGAGAAAAUUCACAACUAAUGCUUUUACAGCAGUUUUGCAGGAGACUACAAGAUGAAAACAUCUUUGAAGGCAGAAUGCUUUAGAGAGCAAAGGCUUGGCACAGUCCUAAACCCACGUAAGGGUGGCAACCCUUAUUAUGUCAAAACUCUCUUUGGUGUAGUCAUUGAGAACCAAGAGUAGUGAUCACCAAAAUGUCAGAAUUACCUGGAGCGGUCCUGGAGAGGCCAGGACACCCAACACCAUUCUACAUCGACCAUUUCUACAAAGUUGUCCAAACAGACACCUACAAGCCGCUUCCUUGGGUCUUCAGGUGCCAGGGUCAACCUUGUACCUGUGCUAAGAGGUUCAUCUUAUGAUGAUUCUUAAGUAUUUACAUAUUAGUAUGUGUUUGUGUGUGUGUGUGUGUACAGCUCACAUUUAUAUAUGUAAAGAUGUAGACUCUUCUAGAAACCCACACAAGCUGGCAGCCGCUGAGCCUUGACAGCCUUUAAGAUUUGAAGGUUGAGAACUAGAGAAGCAAGACAGGCUGUUGAUUGACUAUCAAAAUGAUCAAAGACGUCAGUGUAGUGCCAUUUGAAAACUUUGUCCGUAUUUAUCGAAUGGUUACGGUCUACAGCUGUAGUCCUCAUUAACUUAUUAAGAGUCAUGUUGAAAAAAAGAUCACACUCGUAAACAGCCGGUAGCUAUUCCUAGGCUAGUGUUCACAAGCACUUUAAAAGGCAUUGUGUCCAUAUUUCAGAGAAGACAAUAUUUGCAUGCUUAAUUCCUAAUUUAGGCUACUUUUGAGUAUAUUAUAAAGUGCUGUGUGACAUAAUAUCAGUAAACUACUUAAAAUGGCACUUUAAUGUUUUUUUUAAAAAAAUCAUAAAUGCACUGUUUUAAACUUCAAUUCGGUAUUGAAUAUUGACUAGUGUGUAGAAUCCAUUUUCGUAAUUAAAAAGUAAUUUGUGACUAGAUUAGAGCUUUUUCCCUGUGAUUCGUAAAACAGUUUUGCCAUGUUCAGGCUUUAUAAGGAAAAAAAAAAAAACCUGUGCUUUUGCGUCACUAAGCAUAUCUAAAGAGAAAAUACAGUUUCUGUCAAGUGGCCUCUGAAACUUGGCUUCUUACAUUAGGUUGGUUUAUGUGACAAUCUCGAUGAAAUGAGUGGAAGUAUGAUUUCUGAAUUAAAUGACUUUUCCAUUUGGUGAUA